AUGGCGAACCACGAAGAGGACCACCACUACCAUCCCCAGGAUGCUGUCUCAGCAGCCAUCAAGACCACCAUGAUGACUGGUGGUAUUGGUCUGUUUGCCUCGGCCGUGCAGAACACCCUUGUGAGACAGAACGUCGGCCCGCUGGGUAUCUUCAUGCGCAGCGGCAGCACCAUCACUAUCCUCGCCGCAAUGGGUGGUACCUAUGAGUUCGCCAAGACCGCUUCGGCCAACCUGCGCGAGAAGAAGGACCCUUGGAACACCGCCAUCGGUGGUUUCUUCUCCGGUUCAAUUCUGGGUCUCCGAGCUCGCUCCCUCCCCGCCGUUCUGGGUUACGGUAUUGCCCUUUCCACCGGCAUGUUCGCGUUCGACUACACCGGUGGCACCCUCUUCGGAUAUAGCAAGGACAAGAACGAGGAUGAGUUUGACCGCCGGACAAAGCUGCGCAAGGCUUUCCAGACCCCCGCCGAGCAGACCUUUGCCGAGUUGGGUGAGGGACGUGGUAUCUACGGCCCCAACUACGAGGAGCGCCGCGCUGAGCGAAUCAAGGAGGCGUACGGCAUUGAGGUCCCCAGAUCCCCAGUCCCCGCAUCAUAA